CCAUCGAUUUCGAUCCGCUGCCUCCCUCCCCUCCUCCUCCUCCAUCUCGUUCUAUGGUUUUGGAUCGAUAGUUGUUUUUGGCUGGCGUUCCCGAUAGCUCAGAGCACCUGGACUGGUUCUCCUGCACCCUUGGAACUAUAUCUCUUGUUCAUCGUCAAAAUCAAGAAUUUACCGACAAAGAUUUUAUUUCUGGGAACUUGUCGACCAUCCGAUCGGAUAGAUGGAAAGAUCGGACCUGAGGAGGGAUCACUGUUGAUUGUUGCAACGGCCGAGCGCACGGUCAUGGCUGGAAUCAAACUCGAAGCUUCAAACCCAUACUACACCACAACUAGCCUUGUUGUGGGCUACGCUCUCUGUUCCAGCUUGCUCGCUGUCAUCAACAAAUUUGCUAUCACAAUGUUCAAUUAUCCCGGCCUGUUAACGGCAUUACAGUACUUGACCUCGGCUCUUGGUGUGUGGGUUCUCGGGAAGCUGGGUUUUCUUUACUAUGAUCCCUUUACCUUUGAGACAGCAAAGAAGUUCUUUCCUGCGGCUACUGUCUUCUACCUUGCCAUUUUCACCAAUACCAAUCUCCUUCGGCAUGCCAAUGUUGAUACUUUCAUAGUAUUCCGAUCCCUGACUCCCCUGCUGGUUGCCAUAGCUGAUACCGCCUUCAGAAAGCAGCCGUGCCCUUCGAAGCUCACAUUUUUAUCUCUUGUGAUUAUUCUGGGGGGUGCAAUUGGCUAUGUGAUGAAUGAUUCGGCAUUCACCCUCACUGCAUACUCAUGGGCCAUCGCUUAUUUAAUAACCAUUACAACGGAGAUGGUUUACAUAAAGCACAUGGUAACGAAUUUGGGUCUGAACACAUGGGGUUUUGUGUUCUACAACAAUCUUCUGUCCUUAAUGAUGGCGCCGGUAUUUUGGUUUGUCACUGGGGAGUAUGCAGAUGUCUUUGCAGCUUAUGGAUCCAAUUCUGGGAUCUGGUUUGAUUUCAUUGCCUUUGUUGCAGUGGUUUUGUCUUGUGUUUUUGGAUUGCUCAUCAGUUUCUUUGGGUUUGCGGCAAGGAAAGCAGUCUCUGCUACUGCAUUUACAGUUACCGGUGUUGUCAACAAGUUUCUCACGGUUGCAAUCAAUGUGUUGAUCUGGGACAAGCAUGCAAGCCAGUUUGGUUUGAUUUGCUUGCUUUUGACACUUGUGGGAGGAAUUCUGUAUCAACAAUCAGUUACUGGAAUAGGAAACCCAUCACAACAGCAUGGCUCUAUGGCUUCUAAGCAGGUAAAUGUCAUGGCAGGUAAUUCUGAUUCUGAAGUUGAAAAACAAGGCAAGGGUCUAUCUGGUAAGGAUUCUGCAGUAUGAUCUCAAUCCAUGAAGAUGACAAACAACAUAUUCAAAGAACUUUCCUACCCUAAAUUAUUUUCUCUUUCUUCUUGAAGUCAAAGGACCAGUUAUCAAUCUAUUUGAAGAGGUAAAAGUGUCACCAAGUCAAAACACUGAAGGAUGACUUCACCAAGUUUGUAAGAUGGAGCUUCUUUUUGAGAGGAUGGAUUACCACCAACUCUUAGGUGAUCUGUAUGCGACAUGUUCACAUGUGGAUUGUUGCAAAAUUAUUUUGUGGGAGAUGAAAUGGAUAAUUGUAAGGAUCAUGGCAAUGUCUUCAGUUUUUUGUUUUUUUUCACCCAAUAAUUCAAAUUAUCAAAGUAGUGGAGAUUUCCAUUGGGUAAA